AUAACAUGUUUCAAUUUAGCAAAAGAGAAAAAUGCUGAUUUAGCAUAAAUUAGAUAUAAAUUGCUAAGCCGAAUCAAAUGCAUCGUUACUUUCUCAAAAGUUGUCUUCAACAUGUGGCUACUUAUAACGUUUUUACUGCUUGCGGGAACAGUUUCAGCCGACUUCGAGCACAGCUGGAAAGUCGGGAACGAGUACACGUAUCUCGUUCGAAGUCGCACAUUGACGAGUUUGGACGAUCUGUCGGACGUUCAUACCGGUAUUCUGAUAAAGGCGUUGCUCACCGUACAGGUGAAGGAUUCGAACUUGCUUGCCGCGAAAGUGUGGAACGGCCAGUAUGCUCGUAUCCAGCAAUCCAUGCCAGAUGGGUGGGAAACGGAGAUCUCCGACCAAAUGUUGGAGCUUCGUGACCUGCCUAUUUCCGGCAAACCGUUCCAGAUCAGGAUGAAACACGGUUUGAUCAGAGAUCUGAUCGUGGAUCGCGACGUUCCCACCUGGGAGGUGAACAUGCUCAAGAGCAUCGUUGGCCAAUUGCAAGUGGACACUCAAGGUGAAAACGCCAUCAAGGUGAACAGCGUGCAAGUUCCCACCGACGACGAGCCGUACGCUUCGUUCAAAGCCAUGGAGGACUCCGUGGGCGGGAAAUGCGAGGUUCUCUACGAUAUAGCGCCUCUGUCGGACUACGCGAUCCACAAAACGCCGGAACUGGUGCCGAUGCCGACGUUGAAGGGCGAUGGACGCCACAUGGAGAUCAUCAAGACCAAGAAUUUCGACAACUGCGAUCAGAGGAUAAAUUAUCAUUUCGGUAUGAUGACCAACUCGAGGUGGGAAUCUGGAACAAAUAAGAAUGGAAAGUUCUUCUCGAAAUCUUCAACGAGCAGAAUCGUUAUCUCAGGAAGCCUGAAACAUUUCACCAUCCAAUCGUCGGUUACCACGAGCAAGAUGAUAGUCAGCCCUAGAUUCUACCUAGAUCAGCGAAACGGAUUGGUGGUCGGCAGAAUGAACCUGACUUUAGCAAAGAUGGAGAAAAUGUCGAAACCUCUGCCCACGGUCAACAAUCCAGAAUCCACUGGCAAUUUGGUUUACAUCUACAACAAUCCUUUCUCGGAUAUCGAGGAGCGCAGAGUCAGCAAAAAUGCCAUGAAUUCCAACCAGAUCGCUUCGGACAACUCUCUCAGCUCGAGCGAAGAAAAGUUGAAGAAGGAUAUUCGAACUGAUACGACCAGUUCCAGCUCCUCCAGCAUUUCCAGCAGCGAGGAGAACGACUUCUGGCAGCCUAAACCCACUCUGGAGGACGCUCCUCAGAAUUCUCUGCUGCCCAAUUUCAUCGGGUACAAAGGGAAACACAUUGGAAAAUCCGGCAAAGUGGACGUAAUAAACGCUGCCAAGGAGCUUAUCUCCCAAAUUGCCAACGAGCUCGAGGAUACGAGCAACAUCCCCGUUCACGCAACCCUCGAGAAAUUCACGAUCCUUUGCAAUUUGUUGCGCACCAUGAACAGGAAGCAAAUAAACGAGUUGGAAGGCAACAUGCAGAUCUCGCCCAACGAGUUGAAGUUGAACGAUAAAUCUCAGGUUGUGAAGCAGAAUACAUGGACGGUGUUCAGAGACGCCAUUACCCAAGCUGGAACGGGACCUGCCUUCUUGACCAUCAAGGAAUGGAUCGAAAGGGGGAAUAUAAGAAGCAUGGAGGCAACGAACAUCAUAAGCAAACUUCCAAAGACUGUUCGCACGCCGACUGACAGUUACAUCAGAUCCUUCUUCGAACUGUUGCAAAAUCCUAAAGUGAGAGACGAACAAUUGCUCAACACCGCGGCCACCGUAUCGUUCAGCGAGAUGAUCCACAACGCCCAAGUGAACAAGAGGAGGAUUCACAAUAACUAUCCUGUCCACACGUUCGGUCGUCUCGCGUCGAAACACGACAACAGCCUCUACGAGGAGUACAUACCGUUCCUUGAACGCGAGCUGAAGAAAGCCCAUCAAGAAAAGGACAGCCCCAGGAUCCAGACCUACAUCAUGGCUCUGGGCAUGAUCGGGGAACCCAAGAUUCUGUCCGUGUUCGAGCCUUAUCUGGAAGGGAAACAGCGGAUGACCGUGUUCCAGAGGACGUUGAUGGUCGGCGCUUUGGGCAAAUUAACCGAAACGAAUCCGAAAUUGGCACGCUCGGUCCUGUACAAGAUUUAUCUGAACACGAUGGAGAGCCACGAGGUCCGUUGCACCGCGGUCUUCCUUCUGAUGAGGACCAACCCACCGUUGAGCAUGCUGCAACGAAUGGCGGAAUUCACCAAGUUGGACACGAACAGGCAGGUGAACUCGGCCGUGAAAUCGACCCUCCAAAGCUUGAUGAAGCUGAAGAGCUCCGAGUGGAGAGAUCUCGCGAAGAAAGCUAGGAGCGUGAACCACCUUCUCACGCAUCGCGAUUACGACUACGAACUCUCUCGGGGAUACAUCGACGAGAGGAUUUUGGAGAACCAGAACAUCAUCACCCACAUGAUCCUCAAUUACGUGGGAAGCGAAGAUAGCGUGGUCCCGCGCAUCCUUUACUCCUCCUGGUACUCCUCCAACGGUGACCUAAAACUACCUUCCACCGAAGUGCUAGCCAUGAUCUCGAGCGUGAAAUCUUUCAUGGAGUUGAGCCUGAAGAGCGUGAAAGAUCGAGAAACGAUUAUUUCGGCGGCCGAGAAGAUCGCUGAGGAGCUGAAAAUUGUCCCCGAAGAGCUCGUUCCUCUGGAAGGAAACUUUAUGAUAAACAACAAAUAUUCCUUGAAAUACUUCCCCUUCGACAAGCACACUCUCGAUAAAUUACCCACGUUGAUCUCCAAUUACAUAGAGGCUAUAAAGGAAGGAAGCUUCGUGAACAUCAACAUGUUGGAAAGCUAUGACACAGUGCACAGUUUCCCCACUGAAACUGGCCUACCAUUCGUGUAUACGUUCAACGUUGUAAAGUUGAUCAAGGCAAGCGGAACCGUCCAGGUGCAGAUCAAUCCCGACUUCGCUUUCAUCGCGAACUCGAACGCUCGCCUGGCCUUUUCGAAGAACAUCCAAGGAAGAGUAGGUUUCGUCACACCGUUCGAGCAUCGACACUUCAUCUCCGGCAUCGACUCCAACUUCCACGUUUACACCCCACUGAAAGUCUCCCUGGACAUGAACACGCCCAAGGGCAACAUGCAAUGGAAGAUCUGGCCGUUGAAGGGUGAGGAGAAGUCGAGACUGUUCCAUUACAGCGUCGUUCCAUACGUGUCCAACCACGAUAUUCUGAAUCUUCGUCCCCUUUCGAUGGAGAAGGGCACUCGAUCGAUGAUCCCCGACGACAACACGUCCCUCGCCCUUCCAAAGACGAGCAGGGGACCGUUCAGGUUCAACGUCGAAACUGGUAAAACUAACGAGAAUUUGUGGGAACUGGUCGAUACCGAGAAAUUGACCGAUCGUCUCACCUCCCCCUGGACCAUGGACAAUGGAAGAUACUUCAAGAUGGACGUGUACAUGAAUUUGGAGGGCGAGCAGAAAGAUCCUGUAAUAUUAUCCACGUCUUUCGACAGCAAGGUGAUGACGGCCGACACGGAUUCAAGGAACUGGACACCGAAAAUGAUGGCGGUCGAGCCGACGGACAAGCAGGCGAACAGCAAAACUCGUAGGCAAGAGAUGAUGAAGGAAGCGGGAAGGGGUAUCGAAUCAGCGAAAUCGUACGUGGUGGACGUUCGAGUGCACAUUCCUGGCGAGUCGGAAAGCGAGACCGUUCUCACGUUUGCCUGGUCGGACAGCAACGUGGAGAGGAAGGGGCGAUUGCUCGGUUUCUGGCGCGUCGAAAUGCCGAGGAGCAACGUCAAUUACGAGGUUUGCAUUGGCUCUCAGACCAUGAUCUCGCCGGAAACUCUUUUGUCCUACGACGAGAAGAUGGACCGGAAGCCGAAGAUAGAUUUCAACGUGGAUAUCCGUUACGGGGAGAGCUGCGGCAAGGGCGAGCGGAUCGAUGUGAACGGUAAAAUUAGCCAGAGCCACAGGCUUAAGGAGCUGGUCAAGGAUACGUCCAUAAUCAAGGAUUGCGUGGAGGAGAUGAAACGGGGGAACAAGAUAUUGAGAACGUGUCAAAAAGCUAUCGUGCUGUCCAUGCUGCUCGACGAGGUGAACGUCUCGAUGGAGGUCCCCUCCGACGCCCUUAUAGCCCUGUACUCGCAAGGCCUCGUAACCUUGAGCGAGCUCGACAAUUUGGACGUGAGCAUGGAUCUCUCGAAUCCCAAAAAUGCCGGCAAGAAGAAGAUCGACAUGAGGGCUAAACUGAACGAGUACCUGGACAAGGCCGACGUGAUUAUCAACACGCCCAUCAUGGAUGCACAUUUCAAGGACUUGAGAUUGUCCGACUUUGGAUUCACCGCUGAGGACAUUUUGGACACUGCCGACGAGGACCUGUUGAUUAACAACAUAUUCUACGAGGAUGAAACUUCCUGUAUGCUGGACAAAACCCGUGCCCAGACGUUCGACGGCAAGGAUUACCCUCUCAGAUUGGGCGCCUGUUGGCACACUGUCAUGACCACGUAUCCGAGGAUCAACCCGGACAAUCACAACGAGAAACUUCACAUUCCCAAGGACAGAAGCGUGAGCGUCCUCAGCCGGGAGAACGAGAGCGGGCAGAAGGAGGUGAAGAUACUGCUCGGAAGCGACAAGAUCAAGUUCGUGCCUGGGACGACGAGCCAGCCGGAAGUGUUCGUGAACGGAGAGAAAAUCGUGGUGUCCAGGGAGAAAGCUUAUCAGAAGAUGGAAGGAAACGAGAUCAUUUUCGAGAUCUACAAGAUCGGUGAUAGAUUUAUCGCUCUGACGUCCGACAAAUUUGACGUAUCCCUGGCUCUGGACGGGGAACGCGUCAUGGUCAAGGCGUCUGAAGAUUAUCGCUACUCCGUUCGCGGUCUCUGCGGCAAUUUCGACCACGACUCGACCAACGACUUCGUGGGACCCAAGAACUGCGUAUUCAGAAAGCCCGAACACUUCAUAGCCAGCUACGCUUUGAUCAAUGACCAAUGCGAGGGCGACUCGUUGAACGUGGCGAAAUCUCUUCGGGAUCACGAUUGCAUCCGACAGGAGAAGACCCGGGAGAGCAACGUGAUCAGCGACAGCGAAUCGGGACGAUCGGACACCGAGAUGUCGAGCUGGGGCUACCAAAACGUUAACAAACGUUGCAUGAUUCACAGGACCCAGGUGAAGGAGACCGACGACAAGAUCUGCUUCACAAUGCGUCCAGUGGUCUCUUGCGCGUCUGGAUGCACGGCCAUCGAGACCAAAUCGAAGGCGUACAAGUUCCAUUGCAUGGAGAAGAACGAGGCCGCGAUGAAGCUGAAGAAAAGAAUCGAGAAGGGCGCCAAUCCUGAUCUCAGUCAGAAACCUGUUUCCAUCACCGAGGAAUUGAACGUUCCUCUCGUCUGCAAGGCUUAACUCGAAAUGUACUUUGUCGCUUUGUUUCGUUUGGAAUAAUAAUUAAAAGUAGUUUUAUAGCAGAAUAUUUACUUUAAUAAAAUUCAUUUUCAAUAA